AUGAAGGGGGUUAUAAGAUUUGGUAGGAAGAAAGGGAAGCUAGCUCCUCGAUUCAUUGAACCUUUUGAAAUCAUAGAGAUGAUUGGGGAAGUGGCGUAUAGAUUGGAUUUACUGCCCAGACUAUCAGUUGUUCGUGAUGUUUCCCAUAUCUCCAUGUUGAGGAGGUGCUUGAGGGAUGAAACUUAUGUUGUUGACUGCACAGAGAUUCAGUUGCGAUCUAAUGCAACCUAUGUUGAGACGCCUGUUCGCAUUGUUAACCGCAUAAUGAAACAGUUGAGGCAGGCAAAGAUACCUCUAGUGAAGGUGCAAUGGAAUCAUCAGGAUAAGAGAGAGGCUACUUGGGAGCCAGAGUCAGAAAUGAAGGGAAAGUACCCAUAUCUAUUCGAAUAA